GCCUGAGCGGGAAGUGUUCGUGAUUGCUGGGGACGCUUUCCUGGCCGGGGCUCUGUUUGGAGGCGUGCUCUGCGUUCGCACUGCCUGUUGGGCCCAUCAUGAGGCGCUUAGGUUCGGUGCAGCGGAAAAUGCCGUGUGUUUUUGUGACGGAGGUGAAAGAGGAGCCCUCCACCAAAAGGGAGCAUCAGCCAUUUAAAGUUUUGGCAACUGAAACUCUAAGUCACAAGGCAUUAGAUGCAGACAUAUACAGUGCACUUCCAACAGAAAAAGUGGAUGGAACAUGUUGCUAUAUUACUACCUACAAAGGUCAGCCAUACCUUUGGGCUCGGCUAGAUAGAAAGCCUAACAAACUAGCUGAGAAAAAAUUUAAAAAUUAUCUACAAUCAAAACAAAACUCAAAAGAAUUUUUUUGGAAUGUUGAGGAGGACUUCAAACCUGUUCCAGAGUGCUGGAUACCAGCGAAGGAAAUAGAACAAUUAAAUGGGAAUCCGAUGCCUGAUGAAAAUGGACACAUUCCUGGUUGGGUACCAGUGGAGAAACACAACAAACAGUACUGUUGGCAUUCCUCUGUAGUUAAUUAUGAAUUCGAAGUUGCCCUGAUACUGCAGCAUCAUCCUGAUGAUCCUGGGCUUCUGGAAAUUAGUGCAGUGCCGCUCUCAGAUCUCCUAGAGCAAACACUAGAACUUAUAGGAACAAAUAUUAAUGGAAACCCGUAUGGGCUAGGAAGCAAGAAGCAUCCAUUACAUCUUCUUAUACCACAUGGGGCAUUUCAAAUCAGAAAUCUACCUACCUUGAAGCACAAUGAUCUGUUAUCCUGGUUUGAAGGUUGCAGAGAGGGUAAAAUUGAAGGAAUAGUAUGGCAUUGUAACGAUGGCUGUUUAAUCAAGGUUCAUCGCCAUCAUCUUGGUUUAUGCUGGCCAAUUCCAGAUACUUACAUGAAUUCAAAACCAGUUAUCAUCAACAUGAACCUGAACAAGUAUGACCAUGCCUUUGAUACUAAGUGUUUGUUUAGUCUCUUUUCAAAAAUAGAUAAUCAGAAAUUUGGUAGACUCAAAGAUAUAAUACUUGAUGUAUAAACUAGAAAUGCAAUUUAGAACCAGCUUUACUGUUAUCUUUGAAUCUGGAAUAUUCUACCACAUGUUGAAGGUAAAAAAAAUCUCAAGGUUCCAUGUCUAAUAGAGCAAUAUGUCUUCUGGCAUUUGAAGACAUGAAUUUCCCAGUUGCAAAGGUCUAUUCAAAAUUUUAUUUAGAACCAGCAAAUGAAUUUCAACCACUAGACUUAAAAAUGUAAUAAUAAGCUCCCUACCUUGUACAAAAGUUGGAU